GGAGUGUAUUUUAUCGUUCCAAAACAUGAUGUUAACACUCCAGGAUCGCCUGUCACCGUGUUUACUAAGUGAGAGUUUAUUUUUAAUCAGGUAUUUGAAGAAUUACAGAAGCAAACGAAGUCGGGAGAACUGAAUCAGUCUUUCAUUGCAGUGAGCCUCCCAACAGUGUAUAUAAUAAGCUUUUUUUAUUUUCUUUAAAAUUAGACGUUUCUAACGACCGGGUGUUUAUAAAUGAGAGUUUAACGGUUGCUACCUGCUGGGGAUGAGCUGGUUACAAAGGCGGGUUUAUGCCUGGGCCCCGUUGCUAGGGGCAGCGAGCCGGCGGUCUUGCCUCCAGAGGCCGAGCCUGGGCCUCGACCGCAGUGUUCUGCCGGCCGUUAGCCCGCAAUCCCGCGCCCCUCUGAGCGGCAGCAGCGGAAAUCUGAGGGGAAGCUACUUCAUUCUGGGCUGGUCGAUCGAUUCGCGUCAAAGAGCGGCGGCGGCGGUGCCAACAUCUUACUCCUCCUCCUCCUCAUCAUCUCCCUGCUGCCGCCGCCACUUUUCAUCUCAGUCGUCCCGCUCCUCCGGUAGAGACAAGAUGUCUGACCCCAUCCCCAUCACAGGCAAGAAGCUGCGACCCAGACUUCAAGGCAGAAGCAGCCUCCAAAACGCUGAGCCCCCAGAUGUGCAUAACAAGACUGGGACUCUAAAGCAAAUUCAUUGCUCUCAGUCACUGCCUGGAACCCCACUCUCACUCAAAUCUUUUCCUAUUCAUCUACCUACAUCCAUGGAUGGGAAGUAUAAGGAGAUUGCAGAGGAGCUGUUCACCCGAUCACUGACAGAGAGUGAUAUGAGGACUGCUCCUUACGAAUUUCCAGAGGAGAGUCCAAUCGAACAGCUGGAGGAGAGACGGCAACGUUUGGAACGCCAGAUCAGUCAGGAUGUGAGACUAGAACCAGAAAUUUUGCUCAGAGCCAAACAGGACUUCAUGAAAAUUGACAGCGCUACAGAUCUACAACACUACAAGGACCAAAUUGAUGCCACAACUGAGAAGUAUCCUGAAGAAAAGGACAAUGAGAUCGAGCAGGAAUUCCAGAGAGUUCGCAUAUUUGGAGAAGAAAAAUGUGGGGUUCCUUUCACAGACCUUCUGGAUGCUGCCAAAUGUGUUGUCAAAAGCCUGUUUGUUCGAGAGAAGUACAUGGCUCUCUCUCUGCAGAGCUUUGGCAAGACUACUAAGAGGUUUCUAGAGCAACUGGGAGACAGGCAGUGUCAAGCAAACAUGCAUGAUGAAACCCUGGAAGCGCCCAUUUCACCAGAUACAACAAUCCAUUCACCAUUUGCUGAAGAGCAUCCGUAUGAAAACUGUGACCCAAGUAUAAUGCCAGAGGAUACUGGGUUUGGCUGCAAAAUGAUAGAUGGAGUUACCCAUGUGUACUCUGAAUCAAAUAUCAUGGACAAGACGACAGAACUGAACCUGCCUCGCCCAGAUCUUCAGGAGUUCACUGCAGACAUGAAUGUUUUAAUGGCCCUGAUAAUUAAUGGACCAGUGAAAUCUUUCUGCUAUCGAAGGCUGCAGUACCUGAGUUCAAAGUUCCAGAUGCAUGUUUUACUAAAUGAAAUGAAAGAACUGGCUGCUCAGAAGAAAGUCCCACAUCGAGAUUUCUACAAUAUCCGCAAAGUUGAUACCCAUAUUCAUGCAUCAUCCUGCAUGAACCAGAAACACCUGCUCCGUUUUAUCAAACGUUCAAUGAAGAAGAACCCGGGUGAAAUUAUUCAUGUGGAAAAUGGAAAAGGACAGACGUUGAAGGAUGUCUUUGAAACCAUGAACCUCACAGCAUACGAUCUCAGCGUGGACACACUAGAUAUGCACGCGGAUCGAAACACUUUCCAUCGGUUUGAUAAGUUCAAUGCCAAAUAUAACCCAAUUGGGGAAUCAAUUCUUCGUGAGAUUUUCAUCAAGACUGAUAAUUACAUUGAAGGCAAAUAUUUUGGUCACAUUAUAAAGGAAGUGAUGGAAGAUCUUGAAGAAAGUAAGUAUCAGAAUGCAGAGUUGCGCUUGUCCAUAUAUGGUCGCUCCCGGGAUGAAUGGGAUCGACUGGCAAAGUGGGCAGUGAAACACAAAGUCUACUCCAACAAUGUGUGCUGGCUGGUACAGGUUCCACGGCUUUUUGAUGUCUUCCGUACAAAGAAACAGCUGCACAACUUCCAAGACAUGUUGGAGAACAUUUUUAUUCCCGUCUUUGAAGCAACAAUUAAUCCUCGCAAUCACCCAGAGCUUCACUUGUUUCUUCAGCAUGUUGUGGGUUUUGAUAGUGUCGAUGAUGAAUCCAAACCAGAACAUCACAUCUUCAAUGCAGACAGCCCAUUACCUGUGAACUGGACAGAAGAUGAUAACCCACCAUAUGCCUAUUACCUUUACUAUAUGUAUGCUAACAUGACGGUUCUGAAUCAUCUUCGCAAGAAGAGGGGAUUCAAUACGUUUGUCUUACGACCACAUUGUGGAGAGGCUGGUCCUAUCCACCACCUCAUAUCUGGAUUCAUGCUUUCUCAGAAUAUUUCCCAUGGUCUUCUGCUUCGAAAGGCUCCAGUGCUGCAGUAUCUGUACUACCUGGAUCAGAUUGGAAUUGCAAUGUCCCCGCUAAGCAACAAUAGUCUCUUCCUGAGUUAUCAUAGAAACCCACUGCCAGAGUACCUUUCCCGAGGCCUAAUGGUAUCUCUUUCAACUGAUGAUCCUCUGCAGUUUCACUUUACCAAGGAACCACUAAUGGAAGAAUACAGCAUUGCUGCCCAAGUGUGGAAAUUGAGUUCCUGUGAUAUGUGUGAGCUCGCACGGAACAGUGUGUUAAUGAGUGGUUUCUCUCACAAGGUAAAGGGCUACUGGCUAGGACCACACUAUCAAAAGGAGAGCAUAGAGGGUAACGAUAUCCGUCGCACUAACGUCCCAGAUAUUCGGGUUGCCUACCGUCAUGAAACGCUGUGUGAAGAGCUGAACUUGAUUACACAGGCAUUGAUUACUGCAGAACAAUUGGAGAAUGAUUCCAUAAAUAUGACACCAGUAUCUGAAUCACGAUAAGCCGCUCUUACAUUUUGGGUAUGAAAGCCUGCGCAUGGCAGGCCAGAGUUGUUAACAACCAUUGUAAACUGGACACCUAUAGAAUGCUAGUGCAUCUAGCACUGUUUACCCCACUGUGUUAUUGCUACAAAUUAUUAUUAUUACUAGGAGCAUUGAGAAGAGUUGGAAAACUUUACCUUCUAGCAUACACACAAAUUCUACCUUUCAUUAUGCUUGUUUUACAACAAUGUGCGAGUUAUUUAAAUCUAGCUGCCUGUUCUUUUAGAUUACUUUUUAGUUGGCCUGACCUUUUGGAUGACUUGGGUGUCAGAGUUGUCCAUGGUGAGGGAGUAACGAGUUCAACAUGUUGCUUCUGAUGUGAGUAUGACUGUGAGCAUUUGUUUGGUUUAUUCUCAAAGGUUCUACCUCCCUGCAUUCCAAGAGGUGCUAUGGUGGCCACCCACUUGCCUUUGUGGACACCCAUCUUUGUCACCAUUAAAAUUGAGGCUCUGUCUCAAUUUUCUUUUUUUUUAAAAUUACACAAUAACCAUUUAGUAUGUUAGGUAUUCCAUAAGCAUGGUGUGACUAGGAUGUUUAAAAAUGAAGUAGAUUUGAUUAACUGAUGGAAGUUCAGUAAACAUCCAAAUUAUACAUGUUUGUUGUUUAAUUUGGGGUCUGAAUGGGCAUUCUGAACAAUCUGUUUUACUUUUUCCAACUGUCAUCAGCCUGAUGGUAAUUGCAGGAUUGUUAGUGUCCCCAGGUCGAAGUAAAAAUGUUGAGUUUAAUCCUGGUUCCAGGGAUUAGAAGCUCAGUAUUUACAAGGACCGUUCAAUGCAGUAUUGCUGUAUUGUCAGAUAUGUUAUUUCUUAGGUGAGCUGUUAAACUGAUUUUAUUUUUUUGUUUUAUUAACAGAUGGACGUAAAAGAAGUGCAAGGUUGUUUCCCCAUCCCCACACAUGCUGAUCAAUAAUUAACUCUCACCCUGCGUCACUAGAAACAGAUUAACUGGUGAAUUUGGCCAUGGUCAAUUUACUGUUUCAUUUGCCCACAAAAUAACAAUGAUUAAAGUUAAGAAGUAAUCCAAAAGCUGUAAAGCUUUUUGGGACAUUCUGAAUUUAUGAACCAAUCUUAAGUUGUACUUUGAAUUUCAUCUUGUCUAGCUUUAGUUGCCCUAAAUAUAUUGCAUGUGAUGAAUUGUGACUUGCAAUAUUUGUGUUAAAUAAUGCACCUUUUUUUAAAAAAAAAAGUUGAGCUCAAUUUUUUUGCUUAUCAAUUCAUUUGUAAAUUGAAGUUGAGCUAUCUGUGGGCUUUUCUAAAUCUGCUGACACUUUGCUUAGUAUUGAUGAUAAAGCUUUGAUUAAAUUGCUAUUUAUGCAUUUGCUCAGCAUUUGAGCCUAGUAUUCUGCUUUCUGUUAACCUUGCAGAAGGCAAAUGCUAACAGCUUCAUUCUAGAAGGUGUAGGCAAAUUUAAAAUGGGAUGCUGCUUAUACAGUUGAUAAUUAUUGACUGAAGUAAGGGAAACAGGACUAAGAAUCACUGCCUAAUUGCUGCAUGAUAACAUAUUGCUGUCACACCGCUAAUUUUCUGUUAAAUGCUGGUGUACAUGUUUAAUAAACCCACAUCUGCUUAACUGUUCCUUAGAAUGCAUAUCAUGAUAAUGUUGCAUUUAGCAGUGAAAAGCUCCAUCCUCUUGCCAAAAGAGCACUUCUGGCCUUGUUAAGUAGUAAUUUUGUUUCAACUGCUCGUGGAAAUGAAAUUCAGACAGCAGUUGUGCAUGGACACCAUGUUUGCUGUUCAGAGAACUAGUGUUAGAGAACUAAUUGUUUGACUGGAGCUGGAGAUUUUUCAGAAGGAAUAUCCAGCUUUAAGUGUGGAGAAAAGUCGUGAACUAAUCUUCAUCUAGUUGCUAUUUGUUUUUAAAUCCAACUGUUCAAUGAAACUUUUUAACAUUUGCUUUGGCUCCCUACAGACUUAUUGUAAAGACAUACAUAUUAUAUAGUGUUUACUUUGUAAUGUGCAGUCCCAUCCUUUUGCAAGGCUGUAUUUUGUUUGUUAGUGAAAUCCAGUCAUAUGACUAAAAUAAGAGGGGGAAACCCAGCACGAAAUAAUAGUUAGGCCCAAAGAGCCAAUUGUUACCACUGAAAGCAAAAUACCUACCUGAACUCUUGGGUGGAUGGAUUCAAUUAUUGAUGCUUUUGUUUUGUUAUACAGGUUAUAGAACCCUUCAAUAUUAUUUACAUCCAUAUGCUGCUUACCUGAAU